AUGAAGCAGGUUUUCUGUUGUGUAACACAAGUGGCCAGUGCUAGUAACCAUGGAGGCUGUAUCCACACACACAGCCAGCAAGAGGCGAAGGGCUUUGGAAGAAGCUCAGCAGACGUCCGCUGGAGCUCAGUAAAAAUGUCUCGCUUUUUAGCGGGCUACUCUUUGCUCUCUGUCUGGCUGCUUUACCCUCUUGGUUGCUCUGCCCAAACAGAGAGCAGCACCACCCCACCAGGGAACUGUGGCCCCAGCCAGUUCCUCGACACCGAGGCGUUUCAGUGCAGCCCGUGUGGGGAGCCCCUGGUGAAAAGCCCUACAGGCCUGCGCUGUGUCUGUGCUGACAGCCGGAACGUGACAGGCCAGGCGGUGGAGUGCAAUGCUUGUAGUUCCCGGCAGUCCGCCUCGCUCUGGGAGGCCACCUUCCUUGAUGGCAGUUUUCUGGCUUGUAAUAACUCUUGCAACCUGACUGCCUGCGAGCUCCUGACCAACGCGGUCGUUCUGAACGCCUUCUCCUUGGAAACCCGGGCUUACGACCUGUAUGCAAAGGCUACAAGCCAGAACCUUCCAAAGCUAUUUUAUAGCAACACGGGGCUGCCUCCGCUCUCCUUUGGGAAGAACUCCAAGAUCAAUUUUAAGCUUGUAAAGUACGAUGCCCGAGGAAACUUCUUAGGCUGGGAGGACGUGACAGGUGGCACUUUGCAGCUCUGCGCAGACCGUCAGAGCGCACUCGACGCUGCCUACUCCUUUGGGACAUCCUACGAACAGUCUUGCACUGUACAGGUGUCCAACCUGCUGCGACGAGUCCCUGAGCCCAUAUUUUACGAGAUGUUCCUGCAGUUCUCCAAUGACCAGGGGAACUGGCUGUGGCCAGUCCCUGUAGCGAAUCCCCAGCUGCAGCUGAAUAGCCCGGCCUCCCUGAGCUCUCAGAGGCUAAGAAGAUUCUUUCUGGUCGAUGGGCUCUCGGGCAGGCAAGGGAACCUAUCCAAUCAACCAGCAUCUGUCACGUUGGCAGCAGGGCUGCUCCUAAGUGUUGACUUGCCAACCAGUAGCCCAGGAGACCAGCCUGCUUUCCUGUUGACAGUGAAGUAUGCAAAGCAAGACAGCACUGCAACAACGCAGGUAUCCUUUGCAGUGUCAUACACACAUCGUCCUGGAACGUCUCCACGAGACACAGAUAUAGCGCUUGCCAUCCUGGGCUCUCUGGCAGCCUUGUAUGCCUUGCUGAAGACCAGCAGUUGGGUGCGGAGGUCUAGACUUCAGAAUAUAAACUUUAUAAUUUUAGUCAAGUUCUUUGCCUUCUUUACCGGGGCCCUGGCUAACGCCUUCUUCAUGGUCGCCCUUGGGAUGGGGAUUUAUUGGCUCAUUGUUUUCAAGGGUCAGCAGUCUUCAGCGGUUGAGGUUAUGGUGCCCCCGGCAGGCAGUCAAAUCGAAACCAACUUUAUUAUCUACUUGUCCUGUGCUUUUGUGUUAAAGGCUGUGGACUUGCUUCAUCUCCUGAUCACCCAGGUAACAAUCUCCAUCUUCCUGAUAGACUGGGAAAAGCCAAAGGAGAAACCAGCACUUAAAGCACCGGCAGGAGGGCAGAGGGCCAUUUCCUCUGUGAGUAUUUGGAGAACUUUCCUGAUAGCCAAUGAGUGGAACGAGAUUCAGACUCAUAGGAAAUUGAAUCCAUCACUUCAGCUGUUCGCAGUGUUACUGCUCCUGGAGGUUGUGGGCUUGAAGAACAUUGCCUCACGAGACCUGAACCUGGAUCUGCACCCUGGCGCUGACGCCUACCUGGCUGCCUGGAGCCCAAUCCUUAGAUUUGGGAUUGCCGCUUCUCUCUGGCUGGCACUGGGGAUUGCACAGGUGGUGUUUUUCAUAGGCAUCUACGAGCGGUUUGUGGAGGACAAGAUUCAUCAGUUCGUAGAUCUCUGUUCCAUGAGCAAUGUGUCUGUCUUCAUCCUGAUGCACGGAUGCUACGGCUUCUACAUUCAUGGGCGGAGCGUGCACGGCCAUGCGGAUGUGGGCAUGGAUGCCAUGCAUGCCUGCCUCAGGAAAGAGGAGGAGAACCUGUGCCCUCUAAGAGGUCUGGAGGCCAACUCUGACAUUCAGACCUUCGAGGUGCUUCUCACGGACAGAGCCAGGCAGCUGUAUGACAAGAUAACGCAGCCCUUGAUGGAGGGCCCGAGAGGGGAGAGAGUCAGGGUCGACCUACAUGAGCAAAGACUAAGGAGUUAUUACACCUUGAAUCGAUUUCUCAGCUCGUUCCUUGAACACGCAUACAGAGAUUUGGACUACGUUGUGAAGGACAAGUUCUUCCUGGAACGUGUCAUGGACAUGGAGUUCCAGGAGCCGGUAGACACGUCCAUUCUGUACACAGAUGCCAGCGCCUUGUUCAGCAGGACUCUCUUCUACAACAACGAGCUGGCCUUGCUUCUCUUCGACACCCUGCUCUUCUCGGUCGUCGACCUGGGCACGCAGGAUUUCCUGCUGGCCGCAAUCAUCACCUUCGUUGUGCAGAAGUUGGUGAAGAUGCUGCGGGAUGCACUUGGAAGGAGAAAUCUGGCGGCAAAAACGCUGGUGGAGAAGCAGUUUCUGAUCUAGAGGUGAAUAGGAAGCCGGGGCCACUUACCCCACUCUUCCCAGUGCCACCAUCAAAGCAAGAAUGCCGGGACCCUACAACUAAUUUGAGAAGCGAGGACUUUGCAGCCUUGAUCCUUCUUGAUCCUUGGCCUGUGAAGGGAGACUAGAGAGCGCUGCAGUUUUCCACUCUAGUUACUAUGGCUAAAGCUCUGUGCUUCCUACCAGCCCAGGAAACAUGCAGCCCUACAGUUAUUAUUUCGCACUUUAAGUUGUUUCCCAGGCGUAUUUUGAUUUCACAGCCGAAGGAUUCCUUUCUGCUGAACAAACCCUGCUCUAUUAUUUAGCCAUCAGAAUGAGACACCCACACCCACGGGAUUUUUGGUGCUUGUAUAUUUUUAAUUGGGAGACAAAAGGCCACCCUCUGACGCUGACCCUGGUUUUAUGGAGCAGUUUUGUUUGUUUCUUAAUGGGAAGCAGAAAACAUCUGAAAGGAGCAGGGGAAUGGUAAUCCAUGUGCUGUCUCCUCAAUGCAUCCAAGCUGCACGGUUCUCUGGUGGGUUCUGCUUAGCUCAGACAAUGGAUGCAAUCUGCAGGGGAACUCCAAUGUAAUUUACAAGCAGGGCUCAGUGGGGUCUGAUAUACCGCAGGACAGACCACCUCACACAUCCUCUCUCCCCUGCCCCAAUUCAAACGCCAGCUCAGUCCUUUCCUUCACUAGGCACGAGUCUUAUGCAGAAUAUCAUUUAUUGACCUCCACUGGAGGUAAAUCACAGGCAGAUGUGUGUCCAGCAUCAUCCUGGGCUUUUCUAUUCCUUUCAUUUGUAGUCUACACAGCUCUGUUUCUUUAAACAAAGAGGGGCCACUGCAUUAGACAGCAGCUAUGUUACACCGCCUGUAUUCCUCCAGGGCAGGACUGAGGCUAAAGCCAGGGCUUUGAUUUCACUUCACUUCACACAGCGGUUGUCUUUGGGAUCCACCUGGAGCGCAUGCUCUGAUCCAGGGUUGGAGCAAACCUCGGGAUUCACAGCCAACAUGCAGGAGUUCCAGCUGGUUUUGCACUGACCGCGUGGAUUCCAGUGCCAACCCAUCAACAGGCCCAAGUUUGGAAGGACGCAGUCUGGCAUACUUAAAAUUAAGCACAGGCUUAGGUGUUUUCCUGACUAGGGACACUUUCCUACACCGGAGCCAAACUUCUGAAGGAAACAGCCCAUCCCAGAGCAACAUGGGCUGUGUGUGAUGCAAGCGUUGUCUGUUUAUAGGAUAAGGAGAACUGGAAGAGCAACCAAGUGCUGAAAUUGGCAGUGACUCCCACGGCUAUAGCAAACAGCCUCCUGCAAAGGAUCCGUGCUUGUUUCACUCUGUUUUGGUUUGAAUAUAUGAAGAUUUAUUGUGUUUGCUGCUGGGAACAUUUAUUUUUUAAAACAACCACAUGUUGGGUUUAAGCCUGUUGUAAAUUCCUCUGAAUCAAUGACUACAUUUAAUAAAAAUUACAAAACCCAACAACCUCAAACAGCACCACCAUUUCACGGGU